AUGCUUAACUACCUUCGGGCUACUACUGGAGGGUUUGGGGUUAGCGUUCCUACCGACCCUGUCUUCCACCACCUACUUGCUUUCGCCGACGAUUGUACUGGCAUACUAAAGGACUUGGCUGACGCACCCCUUUUCGUCGGAAAUGUUGGCACCUACGCUAAGGCUGCUGGACUUAAACUGAAUGUGUCCAAGACCAAGGUCCUGCCUUUCACUGCCUGUGACCCUGCUCUUCGGGUCUCUCUCCAGCACCAAGGCUUCACUGUGGUGGCUGAUUAUGAGCCCACCGUCUUGCUGGGUAUCGCCCAAAGCCCGUGCUUGCCAGCCUGCCACCGCUACGACCGGAGUUUUCCUCGUAUGGUCACCCGCUGUCAACUAUGGCGUUAUCGGGCCAGAACGCUCCGUGGUCGCGCCGUCAUUCUUCGGACCAUUGUGCUACCAUUGCUCUGGUAUACUGCAGCUGUAACCUCCUUACCCACUCUAGUCGCCUCACAGGUCACUCGGUUGUGCAAAAGUUUCUUUUAA